AAGCAAUUUCGCGGAAAAUGGAUUCGGCGUCUCUAGCUACUCUCGCGCCUGCUCUGCCGCAGCAGAAUCUUCACAGAGUCUUCGUCUACGGUACUCUCAUGGCUGAUGAAGUCCUUCGUAUCCUCUUGAAGCGUGAUUCUCAGUCCUCUGCUGCCGUCCUCAAUGGCUAUCAAAGAUUAAGCAUUAAAGGACGAGUUUAUCCAGCGAUCAUACCUGUUAAUAGCAAGAAAGUAUCUGGCAAGAUUCUUUCAGGCAUCACAGCCUCCGAAAUGGAUAUUUUAGACGCAUAUGAGGAUGUUGAAUACAAGAGGAGCACAGUUGAGGUCUCUUUAAUGGACAGUUUUGAGAAGCUUGUAGUUUAUGCUUAUGUUUGGUGCAACGAAAAGGAUCCUGACUUGUACGGACAUUGGGAUUUUGAGGAGUGGAAGCGAGAGCAUCUGGAUGCUUACGUCGAGAUGGUCAAUGACUUUAUAGAAUAAUUUUAGCAGCAGUCGGCACCGUUGAAAUAAUUGGCUGCUGAAGGAGAAGAAUAGCGAUGCUAAGUACCAGCUCUCCAAUCUCCAGGUAGUAAUACUUCCGUAAAAGCUUUUGCUCUGCAAACUUUCGUAAAAAUAUCCAUGAACCUUUUUUUAAACAAUUUUUAUGCGAAAUUUAAGAAUAAAAAAAAUAAGUACC